AGAAGUUUUCCUACCACAAAAUAGAAAUAAUCAAACCUUUAAAAACAAACAUUUAUAUGACUAUAUCAAUUAAAUUUUAAUCAUUUUGGUCUGCAGUCAGAGAUAAUUUCAUGGCUUUGAAAUCCGAAAAAAUCCACGCUCGCCACGGCAGCUUAUUGUCCGUCUAUGAUACUGUUUGUUUCCAGGGAAAGAGAGGGAAAAAGAAAAUGGCUGCGGCAGUCAAAUUCCCAGGCAUCGACAAUGAGUUGCAGAAGAUUUUGGAUGCUAAUAUGGAUGACGUGUCUGCAAGACGACGCGCUCGUGAUGCGUUUAAGGAUGUUCAGCUUAAUAUUGAUCAUAUAUUAUUCAAGACACCUUCUGAUGGACUGAAAAUAAAGGAGUGGUAUGAGGUGAACUCUAGAGGGUUGGAAAUUUUCACAAAAAGUUGGCUUCCGGGAACCUCUUCUCCCAGAGCAGUGGUGUGUUUUUGUCAUGGCUACGGAGACUGUUGCACAUUUUUCUUUGAAGGGAUUGCGAGAAAGUUGGCGUCAUCUGGAUAUGCAGUUAUUGCGAUGGAUUACCCAGGAUUUGGUGUUUCAGAAGGCCUUCAUUGCUAUAUUCCUAGUUUUGAUCGGCUAGUUGAUGAUGUCAUUGAGAAUUUCUCCAAAGUCAAAGAGGAUCCAACUUUCAGGAAUCUCCCGAGUUUCCUGUUUGGACAGUCGAUGGGUGGAGCUGUUGCUCUGAAGGUGCACUUAAAACAGCCCAAUGCAUGGAAUGGUGCCAUUCUUGAUGCACCUAUGUGCAAGAUUGCUGAUGACAUGGUUCCACCAAUGAUACUGAAGCAAAUAUUGAUCGGUGUAGCCAAUUUUCUUCCAACUAGCAAAUUAGUUCCACAAAAGAAUUUGGCCGAGGCAGCAUUUAGAGAUUUGAAGUAUCGAAAACUGACAUCUUACAAUGUUAUUGCUUACAAGGAUAAGCCACGACUGAAGACAGCUCUGGAGAUGCUAAGAACCACGCAAGAGAUAGAACAGCGAUUGGGAGAAGUCUCUCUACCGCUCUUAAUUCUACACGGAGAGGCUGAUACCGUAACAGAUCCAUCUGUGAGCAAGGCUUUGUUUGAAAAGGCAUGCAGUUCGGACAAGAAACUUAAACUUUAUGAAGAAUCUUAUCACUCUCUUCUGGAAGGUGAGCCAGAUGAAGUGAUAAUUCAGGUUUUUAAUGAUAUUAUUUCUUGGCUUGACGAGCACACCAAAUAAAUUAACUCAUCCUGAUGAGUAGCCUUGUAAUUUCCAUUAAAUGAGUAAAAAGCAAAAUGAAAAGAGAAAUUAAUUUAAUUUAGAUUUGUUAUGCUAUUAGUUUCGGCAAUAAGGCUGUUUUUUCAUGUAAAUAUUCUCCUGUUCUACUGGGAACUAUUUAAUUCUGUGCCCUUACAUUGCUGAUAGCUUGUAUCUUGGCCUUAAUGCUCAAAGAGUUCAAUCUCCAAAUCCUAAAAAAUUAGAGGAAAGUUUCUAGAA